AUGGGCCCCUGUACCGCCUCCUCAUGCUGCUGCCAGGCCCGUAAUCUGCCAUGGGCCCCCGUACUAACUCCUCAUGCUGCUGCCAGGCCCGUAAUCUGUCAUGGGCCCCUGUACCACCUCCUCAUUGCUGCUGCCAGGUCCAGAGUGUGUCAUGGGUCCCUGUACGGCCUCCCAUUGCUGCUGUCUCCAUCGCCACACUUUGAUGCCAUGUGCCACUUUCAGGUCUCCUCACACUGCUGGUGGUUUCAUUUUUUGUCAUAGGGUGCUGUAUGGCCUCCCAUUGCUGCUGCCCACCACCGCCACACUGUGGCUCCACACUCUGGUUUUGGCCCCGUGACUGCCCAAAUGAGUGAAGUGUGCGGUGAUUCUAAGAUCGACGGCACUCAUCUGCCAUGUCAUACUGACUGUCAGUAUUAUUUCUCUUCCCCAGCAGACUCCAAGGGCAUUUAAAUUAAAGGUACAGUGUUCUGCACUAAUAUAA